AUGACUCCAAGAGUAAAUCUUCAGUAUUCUAUUUCCUAUGCACUUUCUCCCAAAUUUGUGAAGUCUUCCAGUAGUGGACGUCAUCUCAGCGUUUCAGUCAGUCAAACUACACAAAAGAACUUCUCGAAAAAGAAAAUGGACACAAUGCAUGGAUUUCUGGUUCCAACCUACACUUUACAUGAUUUUGACGACGGAGAAGAGUGUAAAGUUGUCCGGAUGAUCUUCCAAAUGUCCGGUGUUCCAUAUGAAUUCAAACAUGUUCAUCGUGACGACUACAUUCUCGAAGAUUACCCGUUUUAUGCUCUUCCUGCUCUCGAUAUGAACGAAAGAAAGUAUGGAAGUGUUUUGUCGAUUUGCAGACAUUUGGCAUGGAGAUACAAUUUGUCUGGAAAGACUGCAUAUGAGGAUGCACAAGUCGAUGAUAUCGCUGAAAAAGUGUUCGAAGUCAGAAUGAAAAUCAAGAACUGGAUUGAUCAUAUUGAGCAUGCUGCAGAUCAUGCAUGUGAUGAAGAUUGUACAGAGGGCACAGCCGCCCGUCUGCUGACCGACACACUAUUCCCUUGCCUCGAGCGAGUGUUGAAGGCAGCGCCCUCUUCAUGGCUAGUCGGACACACAAUGACCUGGGUCGAUCUCUUGGUUGCAUGCCUCGUGAAUCCGAUAAUCUACCAUCGUCCAAAACUUCUUCAGGAUUUCCCACUGCUUUACUUGCACAAUGAAAAGGUUGCACAUCAUGACGACCUUGUAGGAUUUUUAUACCAUGUCAGAACUCGUAAAUUUCAAGACAAAAAGUAA